AUGACGACUGUUAAGACUCUACUUGCUGUUGCUGCUGCUAAAGGAUGGAGUCUUACGCAGCUUGACAUUUCAAAUGCCUUUUUGAAUGGAGACCUUGAAGAGGAGAUCUACAUGACUCUCCCUCCCGGUUACACUGCUAAGCCUGGUACAGUCUUACCUCCUAAUGCUGUUUGUCGCUUGAAGAAGUCUUUAUACGGUUUGAAGCAGGCUUCUCGACAAUGGUUUAUCAAGUUUAGCUCUGUUCUUCUGCGUUUGGGAUUCAAAAAGUCCCACGCAGAUCACACUCUUUUUGUGAAGAACGAGGGAGGCAUCUAUGUUGCUGUGUUAGUCUAUGUGGACGACAUUAUCAUCACAAGCAACAACGACUCAGCUGUGGACACUCUUAAGGUGAAUUUGACGGAAGCUUUUCGCCUGAGAGAUUUAGGUCCACUUCGUUAUUUUCUUGGCCUUGAGAUCGCUCGUUCGGUUAAAGGAAUCUCUGUGUGCCAACGUAAAUACACUUUGGAAUUGUUGGAAGAGGCUGGUCUCACUGAUUGUAAACCUUCAAGCAUUCCCAUGGAGCCUAGUAUUAAGCUGGUUCAAGAUUCUGCAGAGCCAGUCAUUGAUGAUAUUGGUUUGUAUCGCAAAUUGGUUGGUAAGAUGAUGUAUUUGACGAUUACUCGUCCGGAUAUCACUUAUGUAGUCUACAAGCUUUGCCAAUUUGCCUCUGCCCCAAAGAAUUCUCACCUUCAAGCCGCUUUCAAAGUCUUGCGUUACUUGAAAGGUACUGUUGGCCUUGGUUUGUUUUACUCUGCUGAGUCAAAUCUCGUCCUCACCGGAUUCACUGAUGCUGAUUGGUUAUCUUGUCCUGACACUCGUCGUUCUACUUCGGGUUACUGCAUGUUUCUUGGCAAUUCCCUCAUCUCUUGGAAGUCCAAGAAAAAGCAGGUUGUUUCCAACUCCUCAGCUGAAUCUGAGUAUCGUGCGAUGGAGUUUGCGUCCCGGGAGGUUGUAUGGUUGCGUACUUUAGUUGCUGAGUUUCUCGCUCCUCAACCCAAACCGGUUCCUCUGUUUUGUGACUCAACGGCAGCGAUCCACAUUGCUAGUAAUCCCGUUUUUCACGAGAGAACUAAGCAUAUUGAAGGGGAUUGCCAUCAAGUUCGUGAUCGUAUCUCUGCUGGUUUCAUCAAAACGAUUCAUGUCCGUACCGGCCAGCAGCUCGCCGAUAUUUUCACGAAGCCGUUGUUUCCGGCUCAGUUCAAUGCCUUAUUGUCCAAGAUGGCUCUUAAGUCCAUAUAUGUGCCAUCUUGA